ACGACAGAACAUCGCAUAGGUGAAGCGCAUACGAGCUUUACGGACACUUGCCUUCGUAUCUCGUUGCACAACCCACGACUUAAUGGCUGACGACAAAGAAAGGCGGAAGAAGUCGCCCGAAGGUCGUGAGAAGAAGUCAAAAGGCCGCGACAGCGGUAGCAAUGAGGAGGAACCUCAGCGUUCGCCGACAAUGGACGCGACUACUUCUACGCGCGCUCAGCGGGCCUCACGGUCGACUGGGACCCAGCGUGCUUCUUCGAAGUCACCUUCAAGUUCCUCUAGGUCGUCAUCGAAAUCGCCGAUGCGGCAAGUAGGAACAGCCGUGCUCGACGCGCUCAAACGAACGCCGUCGCCUCUUGAGUUGUGCUGCAGGACCUCGUCCCAGAAGCAGGAAGCGGACCCCAAGAGGUCGUCCGUGCGCCGAAAGACCUCGUCGCCCUAUGAAGCAUCGUCGCCUUCGAGCGCUUACUCUCCGGCGCCACUAACGGUUCCAAAGAAGUCGUGUCUUCGCCAGAGGACUCCUUCACCGCAGCACAAGUCUCCUGUUGACUCCCCUCCGCGGUCGGACAAUCCAGUGCCUCCAAAAGCGGAUCGUGGGACGACGACGCCCUGUGUUGCCGGUUUCGCGGAAGAUGCCGGUGGUAGUGAGGCCCGCAGUCCUCCUCGAGUGACGUUUAAGGACGUCAAAGAAGGCCUCAUGCCUCCUGAUGACACCUUGUUCCGAAUGUUUCGUUUCCGUGGUGAAGUGCGGGAACGCAUUAGCGUUUCUGAUGUCGAAGGAGAAGCGUCAAUGGAUGCAGCAUUGCCGCCCCUACCAACAUCGAUGCCGUCGCACGGGGAAUCGACAGGAAGUUCCGUUGUCGUCGAUGUGCAUAAGCCUCCGCCAACGCAGCAGACGCCGGGGUCCCCGCACCCCGACCCACCAGGGAUUGGUGAAGAUAUGGAAACGGACGAGGUGGCUGAAGAAGCAAAAUAGCGGGCAUCGGCGAAAGUGUUAUUGCUUCCUGCUGCGGGCAUCAUUUUGCAGAACUCCCCAAAAAGCCACGAUGCCGUAUCUGCAUUUAGCGCCUGUACUGAUUGAUGUGCACUGAACAUUAGUGCAAUCAUUCCAGACUUGAAUUCUUUGUUCUACGAUCAAACAAUCGGGAUUAUACCUUUUUG